AUGUUUCCUGUCAUAAUUUUUUUCUUCUUUUUUUUUAUCCUUCAUCUCUCUCUUUCUCGUGUAUAUGAUUUAUCUCGCUUUCUUUCUUCAAACAUUUUUCUCUCAGAUUUAAUUCAUUUUUUUUUCUUUCUCUCCUCUCUUCUUAUCACAAAUUUCUUCUUUUUUUUCUACUUUUCUUUCGUUUUUCUCUUUCUUUUCCUUUCUACUUUCCUGUUCAGAAACGUUUUUUACCCUCUUCAACAUUUUUCAUGUUACCUUGUCGCUUUUCGUUCUUUCUUUAUUUUGUUUCUUCUCUUCUUCUCAAACCUUUUCUUGCUUUUUUUUCUUUUAUAUCGUCUCUUUCUUUUUUUUAAUCUUAAAUUAAUUAGGCUUUUUCUCUUCAGCAUUGUUUCAAUUUUCCCUUCUUUCUUUCAUUUUUACUUUCUUUUUUUAUCUCUUCAUCGUACUUUUCUUCUUUCUUUCUUUCCUUUUUUCUUCUUAUUUUUAUCGCUUUUACUCUUUCUUUUUUAUUUUUCUUCUUUUUUUCUUUUUGCACCAUAUCUAUCUACCAGUGAAUUCAUUAUCUAUCUAUCUAUCUAUCUAUCUAUCUGUGAAUUCAUCAUCUAUCUAGCAAUCAGUAACUUCAUUAGCUAUCCCACUAUCUAUGACUGA